AUGGUACCUUUUCAGGUCUAUGAAACUCCUGUGAAGCUACGCACUCCAACCAAUUUUUCGAAGCUUGAGGAAUCUCUACAAAAGGAAUUUGCAACACCUCCGCGCAGGAAAACUCCUGGAAAGACUGGAAAAUUCAAUGAAUAUUAUUCCUUUAUUCCAUCCAAUCUUCUCCAGCCAAGCAAAUUUCCGUCUCCUUCCACCGAAGGGAAUUCAGGAUUUCGUCUGUCAGCAAUAGAAGGAAAUCGCCUCCUUCCAGCGAAGGAAAUUCGGGAAAGCCUCCCGUCGCAUAAUGUAGAAUCUCGAUCUCUGCUCCUUUACAAGAUCGGAGAACCGCCGCCGGAAGGAUCGCUCGACACUAGUGCUGGGUUUCAUCUCCUCCGUAUCUGCUGCUUUCCCGCUCUGCUUUUUCGCGAGUUUCCAGCUCUCCUCCAUGCACAGCUCCGACUCCUUCAAGCUGCUGCAGAGAAAGAGCACAAUAUGCACGAACCAAGUGAUACUAGAUCUUUGUGUCCUCCCUUGAAGUUCCAAACUGCCUGUGGCCGAUCUAUAUCAUUUUCUGCUGAUGCAUUGAAGCGAGCACGAAACCUUCUUAAUGAACUGGAAUUGGACGCUCUUGAAGGCGAAGCUAAGGCAAACCCAUCAACUUAUUCCUCUGUUGAAAACGAUAAAAUUUAUAACGAAUCUUCUUGCAACGUAAAGAGGAUUUCCUCUGGGAUUUCGCUGUCUGUGAAGCAAUUUUGCUCUCCUUUAAUGGCACCUACCCCUUCUAGAAUGAUUCGAGGAAGCAGGGCAGCACGUGGGGUGCUAGUUGAUAUUUCAAACUAUCCUGGUUCAAGUUUGAAAAAUAAAAGCUGGAUCGAUGGUGAGAAGAAAAGACUCGGAAAGGAAAGCUCUAGUUCAUCAUUCAAAAGACCUCGAACUUCCAGGUUUACUGCUCCUUUAAAUCACAGCUCGUCAAGCUUGGCUGAAACUGCCAUGCCUUCAUCCUCGGUAAAUUGCUGUUGUAGAGCGAGGGUUUCCUCCCGCUACCCCUUCCAAGUAAAAAGAAAGAAGCUAAAGGAAUUUUUUGGCGCACCGCCAGGUCGAGUUAGUAAGUUUGAGAAUAUACCAGACAGAAUAAGAUUCAUGACUCCAGAUAGUGCGGAAAAAUAUCGGUUUCAUGAUACUUGUUCUUCUGUUGAAUUUGGACCAGAUGCUUUUCGGGAAAUGUUGGUUAAUUCUGGUGCUUUGUUGGCAGAUACUAGUGAGAAGUAA